UCUACCUGAGCUGACAACGUUUUUCUCUGGUCCUGACGGGGUUCCAGAGCUGCUCUCGCAGAACUGGUCACUUGCGUGCACACGCACACACGCGCGCACACACACCAGAGAGCACCGUUGUCGGCUGCGGUUCCUCCACUAUCGGCUGGACAUGUCCCUGCCUCUGGAGCUGGGCCCCUUUCACCGGGACCAGGCUCUGGGCACACUAGAGCGCCAGCUGAUAUGCCCCAUUUGUCUGGAGGUGUUCACAAAGCCUGUGGUCAUUCUGCCCUGCCAGCACAACCUCUGCCGCAAGUGUGCCAAUGAUCUCUUCCAGCCAUCUCUGUUCCAGGCACGGGGUAACAUGGUUGGCGCUGGGGGGCGCUUUCGGUGCCCCUCCUGCCGACAUGAAGUGGUGCUGGACCGCCAUGGAGUCUACGGGCUACAGCGAAACCUCCUAGUAGAGAACAUCAUUGAUAUCUACAAGCAAGAAUCUGCCAGCUCCAGGCCACCACCCAAGCCCACAGGCCAGCCCACCUGUGAGGAGCAUGAGGAUGAGAAGGUCAACAUCUACUGCAUGACCUGCCAAGUACCCACAUGCUCCCUCUGUAAGGUGUUUGGGGCACACAAUACCUGUGAGGUGGCACCUCUGCAUGAUGUGUACCAGCAGCAAAAGGUGGAACUCAGUGGUGGGAUUAAUGCUCUGGUUGCUGUCAAUGACCACAUCCAAGAAUUUAUUAAUGCCUUGGAGGAGACCUGCAAAAACAUUGAGGACAACUGCAAGACCCAGAAGCAGAUCCUGUGUGAGAAGUUUGAUCGCAUGUACAGCAUACUGGAGGAACGCAGGAAGAUCAUGCUGCAGCGCAUUACUUACGAGCAGGAGGAGAAGACGGGGCACACCCGCUCCUUGGUGCGGGCCUACGGGGAACACGUGGAGGCCAACUCCAAACUGGUGGGGACAGCCUUGCACACCAUGGAGGAGCCUGAAAUGGCCGCAUUUUUACAGAAUGCAAGAACACUCAUCGAGAAGGUGACUGAGGCUGCCAGCUCUUCCACAGUGGAGACCCUAGAGCCAGGCUUUGAGAACAUGGACCAUUACAAAGUAGAUUUCAAUGCAGAAGAGAGGGUGCUCUACCAGCUGGACUUUGUCAAAACUGAGGAGGAAGUGGAGGAAGAGCCAGAGCCGGAAGCAGAGCAGGAGGCAGAGCCAGUCCCAGAGCCGGAACAGGAACAUGAGCCGGAGACGCAGCCCGAGACGGAGCCAGCGGUGGAGCCAAAGGGGGACAGCUGUGUGGCCGGCAUCCUCCCGGGGGAAUCAGAGGAUGUUAGAGGACAGGCAGAGGGAUGUGCGGACCCAAAGAAAGAGCUUCAGAAUGACAAACUUGAGGGGUUAAACAUUCAGCAGGACGAGCCGGAGCUGUGGCACGAUGAGCAUGAUGCAGGGGACUUGGAGAUCCAGGGCCUGCUGGCUGAGGCCAGUGAAGACACCAAGCUCUACCCGACCUGGUACAAAUCCAACAGCUGGCAGGUUGUUAGCCCUAGCCUGGCUAUGUCCUGUGAGCCUGUAGAGGGCUCAGACAGUGAACCCCAGCAGGCCAGGGAUUCCCAGCCCCAGCCCCUGUGGAAGGGGAGCAACUUUGUUUCCGUGGCCCCAGAGGACCCAGGUGGACAGUUAAUAAGUGGGGAGUUUGUGUCCCUGGCAGCGGAAGAGAGCUCUGGGCAGGGGGAGAGCUCUGUCAACAGGGGCAGUAUGACUGCAACACCCCCGCAGAGAGAAUCUGGCAGUCCCGUACAGGCAGAAAACAAACCCAAACCAGCCCCCGUCAGUCAGCCCACCCGUCUUAUCUUCUCCUUCUCCUGGCUGAAUGCUCUCUCCAAAAAGAAGAAAUAAAGGGGGCGGUGCAUUCCUUGCUUGUCCUCAGUCCAUCUCUAUGGGCAGGCAUAGAUGCCAGCACAGUGCUGGCAAGCUGAGCUUUUUUUUACGAGAGCAUGGAACUCUGGUUAAGAUGGCAUGAAGAGGUUCUUGAAAAGGUCCACUGUCAAAGAAUCUGACAGGCUGUAUGCAAGUAAUUAGGGAAGAAAAUACGUUGUUUUGUGAAAGAUUAUUCAACAAAGAGCUAUGUAGUUACAUACUAUUAAACAACUGGUCAUUCAUGGAAUAAAAGCUAACAAAAAGGAAAUUAGCGUUAUCUUUCUUCUCCAGAACGUCUGUCCGUUGCAAUCUAUUGUAGUCUUCUGCUGUGGCUGCUGCUGCUUCUGAUGCCAGUGAUAUUUUUUAGGGGAACUUAGUAUCAUUAAACUAACAAAUAUUGUUUUCUCUCCAAGAAGGACAGUCUUCCUGUGGCUAUGCUAAUGUUAUGCUAAUGCAAAAAUUUGUUGAUUGAUUUGCAUGUCUUAAUGAGAUCCUUUUUUUAUUUUUUGCCUGUUAUUUCACACCUGUGAUUGUAGACUUUUUACAUACAUGUGUUGACAUUUAAUGGAUCAUGUAUGACUGUGAUUUAUGAAGUCUUACUAUGAGUGGAAAGCAUGCAAUAUUCAAAUGUUUUCUUUAGCUGUUAAGCUUUUCCUGCAUUUUUAUUUGGAUGACUUCAGAAACUGUUUUACUGAAUUGACAAAAAAACAUUUUGUAACAUAAUAUAAUAUAUAUAUAAUUCAGUUCUAACUCAACUGGUGAUUCUGUGUGUAAAUUCCCAUUUAAAUAAAGUUUAAAAAAGUACCCAAAAGUAUGUUAUCAACAAGUUCAUGGAGAAUGACAUGCAGUUAUUAAGACAGUUGAUCCAGCACAUAUAGAAGUAGAAAGUCAUUUGGUUGAUUUAUUGAUGUUAUUUAUUCUCAACAUUUGUUCAAAACUGAUAUAGGCUAUAAUAAUGCUGGCAAAAAUGUAUCACUCUAUAAUUUGAGUCAAUUUUUAUUCAUUUCAUUUCAU